AGAGAGGGACCACGUGACGCAAGCCGAGCUAAGCGCUACGGUCCAUCCCAAGGUGCCGCAGCCUCCGCUCCUGUCCUUCUGCCUUUUUACCUCCCUGCCCCUGGGCAUGGGAGUCGUCCGAAGCGAGGCGGAGCUUGGAGAUAGAUACCCAGAGACAGAGAUUUAAAUUUCAUUCCCACCAAAUAGGGGAGCGGGAGCAGCAGCAGCAGCAGCCCCGGCGCAAAGCUACAGGCACGCGCCUUCCGAAUCAGUCCUGCCGGUUCCUCUCCAGCCGCCGCGGUCGCCGCUGGUGGUGGUGCUGCUCGCUUGCUCGCCUGAUUUGCCGGCCAGCCUGCCAGUUAGCCAGCGAUGGGUCACUCCGCCGCUGGAGAGCCGGGCCUCAUAGCCAACGUGGUGAACGACACCUUGGAGUUCUACCGCUGGACCUGGAGCAUCAGAGACAAACGUGUCGACAACUGGCCGUUGAUGCAAUCUCCGUUUCCCACAUUGACUAUUAGCACACUUUACCUCCUCACUGUUUGGCUUGGUCCCAAAUGGAUGAAGACAAGGGAGCCUUUCCAGUUCCGCUCAUUGUUGAUUUUUUACAACUUUGGAAUGGUUCUACUUAACUUCUAUAUCUUCAAAGAGCUAUUUUUGGCAUCAAAAGCUCGAGGAUACAGCUACAUCUGUCAGUCUGUGGAUUAUUCAGAUAAUGAAUAUGAAGUCAGGAUAGCUGGGGCUUUAUGGUGGUACUUCGUAUCAAAAGGAAUUGAGUAUCUGGAUACAGUAUUUUUCAUCCUAAGAAAAAAGUUUAACCAAAUCAGUUUUCUUCAUGUCUAUCACCAUUUCACUAUGUUUACUUUGUGGUGGAUUGGCAUAAAAUGGGUUGCAGGAGGACAAGCUUUUUUUGGAGCCCUAAUUAAUGCUUUUAUUCACAUUAUUAUGUAUAUGUACUAUGGACUAGCUGCCUGUGGCCCACAAUUUCACAAGUACCUUUGGUGGAAACGAUACUUGACAAUAAUGCAGCUGAUUCAGUUCCACGUGACAAUUGGCCACACGGCCAUGUCUAUUUAUAUUGAUUGUCCCUUUCCUAAAUGGAUGCACUGGGGUGUCAUUUUCUAUGCUACCACUUUUAUUGUCCUGUUUGGUAACUUCUACUAUCGAACAUACAAGAUGCCCAAGCAGCCAGUAAAGAAUGGCAAGGUUACCAAUGGUGUUGUGACAAAUGGUAUAAGCAAAGAAAAAGGUCUAGUUGUGGAAAAUGGGAAAAAGCAGAAAAAAGCAAAAGGAGAGUAACUUGAUCCAGGCCUUAACCAUUCUUGGCUGUGAGAAGUUUCCACUAUGGUAGUAAAAGAGAAGGAAACGUUAUCCUAUCUAUACCAAUUGACCUUUAGGUUAUUGAAGAGAUAGAAAACAUUAUUUAUGAAGAUUGUUUUAACAACCAUUCAACUUAAAAUUUCUAUUGUAAUUAUGUAAUUAUUAAGACUCUCAUGAUCACUGUAUAAACCUUUAGACUGCUGGUGUUGGUAAUGUAAGAAAGAAUUGCUGAAACAUAUCCUGUCAAUCCAAUGGUUAAUAUUACAAUUAACCAAGGAUACAUUUGACCUGUUGGAGCAGACAUUUCUUUGAAAAACAAAUAGUGUAUAAAUCAUUCUGAUCCUGUCAGACAUUUUAAGACCAAAUCGUUCCCUAAUUAGAACAUGGAUUUUUUUCUUGCCCUAAUUUAUCACAUUUCUGUUUUGUAGUCUCUUAAGCUCAAUAAAGUUACCCUUAUUUUUCCACAAUGUCUGUUACAACUUCUCUUGUGUGGAAAUACACCUACCUCUUUAUCUGCUGAAAAUAACACCUAACAUUAAAUAUUAAUUUCUGAAAUACAGCAUCCACCAAUAUAAACUUUGUUUUAUGCUAAUUAGAGAAAAUGUUUGUCCCUCAUAAAAUGUAUUUUCUCAUUAACAACAUAUUUGAAAAGUCUCUGUUUGAAACAAAUGACAAACCAUAGCGGAAGACAGUCCUUGUUUCUGAGAUGUCAUGAAACUAUUGUUUGUUGUCUCCAGUUGCAUGAAACCCAUGGUGCUAACGCUUAUAAAAUGGUUGGAUGUUAUAUUCUGGGGG